UCAGACUGCAGCUGUCAAUCAAACUUUUGAAACCUGCAGUCUAACAUUCGUCUGUAGCAGCAGAAUUGUUUAAUCCUCCUUGUGCUUCACAAUCGUGUAGAGCACUCUCUUAAAAAUAUUUUUGCACAAUGGAAAAAGUAUUGUUCAUUAUAUUGGUGCUAAUAUUUUGCACUGCAGGGGAUUGUAAAAUGGAAAGAGAAUUAAAAAGCAAAAAUAUUUCGGAAGAAAUUUCAGACGAUGAUGAGACGUGCUCGAAAGGCUCGACAUCCUGGCUGGAUUUUCCCGCUGCUUUCAUGCAGAAUUCAAUGGAUAGCAUGUUCUCAUCUUGGAGUAAAAAAAGCACCGGUCCCACAUUUCUGUAUUUCUCGCGUAGAAAUGGACAAGAGCCUGACUACGUGACCAAUGCGAAUUUCACAUCGUGGAACUUGAAUGAAUACGACUUCGAUCCGAAGAUUAAAACCAUCUUUAUCAUCAGUGGAUUCAAAGAUAGCAACGCACCCUGGACGAGGAAACUAAAAGACGCCCUCAUUCUUCGAGAAGACUGCAACGUGUUCAUUGUAGAAUACGUACAACCAUCAGAAACAUACAGCGAUGCUUUCAAGAACAGCCCAGAAAUUGGAAAACAAGUGGCUAUUUUUAUUCAAAACCUUAGGAAGUCAAAACAUCUUGAUCUUCAACAUGUUCACAUCAUUGGGCAUAGCUUAGGAGCUCAAAUUGCUGGAUUCGCAGGACAGGAAAUCAAAAAGGCGGAGAAGCGGUCUCUUGGUAGAGUGACAGGUCUUGAUCCAGCCGGUCCAGGUUUUUACGACGCAACAUCUGAUCAGCGAUUAGAUGCGACAGACGCCUCCUUUGUGGACAUAAUCCACACAAAUAGGGGAUGCAAUCGCUUAGAAGGUUUCGGCUUCUCCGAUACCAGCGGUCACUUUGAUUUCUACCCCAACGGAGGACAGCUGCAGCCGGGCUGUUUGACGAGUUCUCAAUUUCUCGGCAAGAUGAACUUUUCCGUGACGAAAAGCGCAUUCAAAUAUCUUUUCGGAAAGUUGGAGCAGAUGGAAAAGCGAGUUGUGGAUCGUAUGUUGUGUAGUCACAUUAGGUCUUACGAGUUGUUCACAGCCAGUAUCUUGAACGGUGGGUGCAAGUUCCACUCUGUCCAGUGCUCCGGAUGGAAGCGCUAUGCGUCUGGUCAGUGCCAUGGCAAUGAUAAGGUCGCCAUGGGAUAUUACGCUGAUGAAUAUAAAGAUGAUGUGGAAAAUGUAAUCCCCAAGAAAUUUUAUCUCGAAACGACAGCUAAUCUACCCUAUUGCAAUUAGUAUAUGCAGAAAUGCAACAAAUUUCGAAAUUUUUAAUAAAAUGAAAUUUGCCUGA